AUGCUUUGCGCCGCGGGCGUGGUUGCCGCGCUGCUGUUCGCUCCGGGGCUGCUGAUGCUUCUCUUGGGGCUCGGGCUGCAGGCGGGCAAUGCACGCGACGUCCCACGGCGUGACGGCAACACUACCCAUGGGCACGCCGGCGACCGAGGCGUGCGUGCGCGGCUGACUGCAUGCGUCAGGGCGGCCUUGGGCGUCCUUGUGAGUCCCCUUGGGAUGGUCGCUGCGAGGGCGCAGGAACACCGGCCGGUGGACACGCCGGCGACGGAGUUCCAGAUGCCACGGGCCCUGGAAGAGCUGCGCGAGUUCGUCCGUGAGGAAGUCACGGAUGCAACGAUGGAGCUUCGCAACAGGGUGCAAUGUCUCGAGGCGACGGUGAACCAUCUCGAGAACCGACUCGGACCUCAAGGGGACGUGGGCCAAGAGAUUCACAUGCUGCAAAACGCCAACGACGACUUGAGGCGGAGAAUGAGCGACAACGAGGAGGGGAUGCGGAGCGCCCGUGGAGAUGCUCGGCAGGCCCUUGCCGAUGUGACCGAAGCGCUCAAGGUCGGUGCCCAAGAGAUUCACAUGCUGCAAAACGCCAACGACGACUUGAGGCGGAGAAUGAGCGACAACGAGCAGGGGAUGCAGAGCGCCCGUGGAGAUGCUCGGCAGGCCCUGGACAACACGAUCGAAUCGCUCGAAGUCGCGAACAACGCAUUUACCGCCGCGAAUCAGGCGCAGAGUAACUCGGCGGAGGCGCGGGGUAUCGCGCAGGCGGCGCAGGAGGAUACGCAACAGGCGCGCAGGGACGCAGAUGUGGCACGACGCGAAGCCGCGCAAGCGGCGAUCACCGCUCAGAGAGCCGAAGCGACCGCUCGACAGGCGCGCACCGAAGCGCAGCAGUCGCAAACGGUCGCUCAGGGGGCACAGACGAUGGCGCAAGGCGCGCUCAACGCAGCACAGCGAGCGGAAGUCGCGUCCCAGAAUGCGGUGGAAACGUCGCUCCAAGCGCACGGCGUGGCAGGCGCUGCACAGGUCGCCGCUCAACAGGCGAGGGACAGGGCCGAGGCCGCAGAGGGCACUGCGAACGCUGCCAACGACACAUCUCAGCAGGCGAACGCCAACGCCAACGAGGCGCUGACGGUCGCCGGCCAGGCCCGCACGGACGCGCAGCAGGCAGUGCAGACCUCCGUGGCUGCACGGGAGGCCGCCGACGGCGCCAACCACGCAGCAAUGCAGGCAAUUCAGACGGCUGGGCGGGCUGAGGAGCGGGCCAUCGCUGCAGACGGCACUGCGAACGAGGCGCAGGCGACCGCAACGGCGGCCCAGGAAGCGGCCACCACUGCCACGGCGACGGCGAACGAUGCCCAGAGGAUGGCGAACGCUGCUAGCGACACCGCGCAAGAGGCUGCCAACGUUGCUGAGAGAGCGAAGAACGUCUCGAACGAAGCGCAUGUUGCGGCGCACCAGGCGACGAGCACCGCGCAGGCGGCGGCCGAGUCCGCGCGGGCGGCAACAGAUGUUGCGCAGGGAGCGGAGCAGAACGCGACCCAGGCGCGGGAGGUGGUGCAGCAGGUCGAGGCGAACAUGCAGGGCGGGAUCGACCAGGCGAUCACGGUCGCACAGGAGGCGCACAGUGCCGCGGCUGCCGCAGAGCAGGCGGCGGCACAGGCCAGCCAGACGGCCGGCACGGCACACACCUGUGCACAGAACGCGCAGGCGAGGGCGAAUCAGGCCCACGACACGUCGGUUGAGGCGCAGCAGAGAUCGGAGGCGGCGCACGCUGCCGCGAGCGAGGCGCGGGCGGCCGUGACCGCGGCGCAGGUGGCUGCGAGCGAGGCGGAGGCGGCUGCGAGCCAGGCGCGGAUGAUGGGCGAUGAUGAUGAUGGGCGGGUGGGCCCAGGCGAUGCCGCGGGCUUCACCACCCCCCCGCGCGAGCAGGGCGCAAAGCCACAGCCGAUGGACGGAACGCCUCCAACGGCAGGGUACGCCGGCGGAUCGCGUUCGUCAUGA